CGAUACUGACAUCGAUAUAUUUGCAGCUCUACCAUUUGUGUCUCCAACUUUAUUGUUUAUCCGUAUGAUUGAAAUGAAACGAUAUUUUCGCGCUAUCUACAAUCGCGUAAACUUUUCUAAAUCAAAUAGUGUGCAUGAUAAUAAAGGCAAUUUGACAAGUCUAUGUCUACUCUUCGGUUUUAAAUGGGUACUUUAAGACAUUUGCUUAGUCAGCCACGCUUACUUGGAUGUUUGGAAGUUUUUAACGCCAAGUUAUGUGGGCGGAAUAACAAUGUCGGGUUGAGACAAUUGGCAACUUCCAUACUUGAUUUAAAUUGGGAAUAUCUUAAAAUUGCCGAAGAGAAUAUAUUACUAAGAAAACAUUGCAAUAAUGUGCCUUUGAUAAGAUCUCUGCUUGGAGAAUUACAUAAACACCCAGAGGAUCGCAGUAUUAAGAAGAAGAUAGAAAUAGAAAUUGCGAAAUUACCAAACAACACACAUAGCCGAUUGAUGAAAUAUGGCGAUGAACCGUGUGAAAUAUACGUAGAGCUUUCACGUUUUCCUAAAGCAGAAGAGUUUUCAGUUGUUUGUAAAUAUUUGAACUUUUUAAGGACGGAACAUCUGGGACAUUACAAUGGGCACAAGAGCUACUAUCUAAUGGGAGAUCUCGCUGGAUUAGAACAAGCACUAAUUCGUUAUACUAUCAAAUACAUUAAAAAGAAAGAUUUUCGUUUAAUAUCUGUACCCGAUAUAUUACCUAAAUAUAUUAUAAACGGUUGUGGUAUGCAUACGGAUGGUGACCGGACUCAAGUUUAUAAAAUUAUUACAGGGGAGUGUUUGUCCGGAACUUCCGAGAUGGCUUUGGCCGGUUUAUUUUCGGGUGAGAUUUUUAACCAAGAAAUCCUUCCUAUUAAAGUGGCUGCUGUUAGCAGAUGUUUUAGAGCAGAAACAUCCGGAUUAAAUGAGGAAAAGGGAAUUUACAGGUACUAUAAAAUCUUAAGAAUUUUCGGAACUACUGAAGAAUACUCACCGCUUCGCUAGAAGAAAACUAAAUGUAGGAAUCGAUAGAGCUUUUUGAACGAAUUAUAACGAUACUUAAAUUUACUUGCUGAAAUCAAAAAUCAAAUAAACACCU